CACUGUCGGACGGCUGUUGGGAUGUACAGUAUAUGAGCCAAACCAAAGCAUUUUCGCGAUUCUAACAAUUAAACCACGUUUGUAUAAUUGGACGCGUACUGUAGUUCUCGUUUCCUCUUUCAGUGGAAAACGUUUUGUUUCACCAUUCACCGGAUAAACUUAUUUUCGUCAACCUGCAGUUUUUGGAUCAUUCAUCAUUCACUCGUGAGGACCAUUCAAUUGUGAGGAGCGAAACAUUUAAAGGAUCCAUGAGCCGGAAUAGGACGAAAACCCUCGCAUAGAAUAGGUGUAGCUUCCACCCAAGAUGGCCGCCUCCUCCUUCCUGUGGCACUACGCGACUAUCCUGCUGGCGGUGAUGUGCUGCUUCUUGCCCCGCUCCACUUCCUCCCUCAAUCUGGAGGACCCCAACGUCUGCAGCCACUGGGAGAGCUACUCAGUCACCGUCCAGGAGUCGUACGCCCACCCCUUUGAUCAGAUUUAUUACACCAGCUGCUCCGACAUCCUCAACUGGUUCAAGUGCACGCGGCACAGGGUGAGCUAUCGUACGGCCUACCGCAGAGGAGAGAAAACUAUGUACCGCCGCAAGUCUCAGUGUUGCCCCGGAUUCUACGAGAGCAGGGAGAUGUGUGUCCCCCACUGUGCCGAGAAGUGUGUUCAUGGCCGUUGUGUAGCCCCCAGCACCUGCCAGUGUGAGCCCGGCUGGGGGGGCCCCGACUGCUCCAGUGCGUGUGACAGCAACCACUGGGGUCCCCACUGCAGUAACCGCUGCCAGUGUCAGAACAGUGCACUGUGUAACCCCAUCACGGGCGCCUGUAUCUGCCAGCCCGGGUACAGGGGCUGGCGCUGCGAAGAGGUCUGCGAGGCGGGCACCUAUGGCAACGGGUGCCAACAGAAGUGCCUGUGCCAAAAUGGAGCAGCGUGCCACCACGUGACCGGGGAGUGCAAGUGUUCACCCGGAUACACCGGUGCCUUUUGUGAGGACCUGUGCCCACCAGGGAAGCAUGGACAGCAGUGUGAGGAGAGAUGCCCUUGCCAGAAUGGAGGAGUGUGCCACCAUGUCACUGGAGAGUGCUCCUGCCCCGCUGGAUGGAUGGGUACAGUGUGUGGCCAGCCGUGUCCAGAGGGGCGCUUCGGGAGGAACUGUUCCCAGGAGUGUCAGUGUCACAACGGGGGGAUGUGUGUAUCCUCCAGCGGACAGUGUCUGUGCAGUCCAGGCUACACCGGAGAACGGUGCCAGGAAGAGUGUCCGGUGGGUACUUUUGGCGUGUCCUGUCGCCAGACGUGUCGCUGUGAGAACGGAGCCAAGUGCUACCACAUCAGUGGCGCGUGUCUGUGUGAACCGGGCUACACGGGGGAGAUGUGCGAGGUGCGCCUCUGUCCCGAGGGACACUAUGGCCUCAAGUGUGACAAGAGGUGUCCCUGCCACGCCGAGAACACACGCAGCUGCCACCCGAUGUCUGGCGAGUGCUCGUGCCAGCCUGGCUGGUCGGGGACCUACUGUAAUGAGACGUGUACACCAGGCUUCUUCGGCGAGUCGUGCCAGCAAGUGUGCCAAUGCCAGAAUGGUGCCGACUGCCACAGCGUGACCGGGGAGUGCAUCUGCGCUCCUGGCUUCAAGGGGUCCGACUGUUCCACAGCCUGCCCAUCAGGGACCCACGGGAUCAACUGCUCUGCCACGUGUGGCUGUAAGAAUGGGGCACAGUGCUCUUCAGUGGAUGGAGCCUGCUCCUGUAAAGCAGGUUGGCACGGAGUGCACUGCUCCAUCAACUGCCCCAGUGGCACAUGGGGGCUGGGGUGUAACCUCACCUGUAUGUGUGGUAACGGGGGCGCCUGCAACGCCCUCAACGGACAGUGCACCUGUGCCCCCGGCUGGAGGGGUGAGAGGUGUGACCUCCACUGCCAGGAUGGCACCUAUGGCAUGGACUGUAGGGAGCGCUGUGACUGUAGCCAUGCCGACGGGUGCCACCCCUCCACGGGGUACUGUCGCUGCCUGGCUGGAUGGACAGGUAUCCACUGUGACAGUGUGUGUGCCGAGGGCCGCUGGGGGCCAAACUGUUCCCUCCCUUGCAACUGUAAGAACGGGGCCUCCUGUUCUCCUGACGAGGGCACCUGUGAGUGUGCGCCUGGGUUUCGGGGAACCACCUGCCAGCGCAUCUGUUCACCAGGCUACUAUGGCCACCGCUGCAGCCAGGCCUGUCCCCAGUGUGUCCACAGCAUUGGACCUUGCCACCAUGUCUCUGGCCAGUGUGACUGCCUCCCAGGGUUCAAGGGAGCCCUCUGUAACGAAGUGUGCCCCAGUGGUAGGUUUGGGAAGAACUGUGCGUGGGGGUGCACCUGUACCAACAACGGAACCUGUAACCCCAUCGACGGCUCGUGCCAGUGUUACCCCGGCUGGAUUGGAAGCGACUGUUCACAACCUUGUCCCCCUGGUCAGUGGGGGCCCAACUGUAUCCACACAUGUAACUGUCACAACGGGGCCUACUGCAGUGCCUAUGACGGGGAGUGCAAGUGUACCCCGGGCUGGACGGGCCUCUACUGUACACAACGCUGUCCAUUGGGCUUCUAUGGUAAGGACUGUUCCCAGACCUGCCAAUGUAAGAACGGAGCCGACUGUGACCACAUCUCUGGCCAUUGUACCUGCCGGACCGGCUUCAUGGGACGCCACUGUGAGCAAAAAUGCCCCCCUGGUUCCUAUGGUUACGGCUGUCGUCAGGUUUGCGACUGUCUGAACAACUCCACCUGUGACCACAUGACGGGUACUUGCUACUGCAACCCCGGCUGGAAGGGGGUGAGGUGUGACCAAGCUGGGGUGGUGAUCGUGGGAAACUCCAACAGCCUGACUAGCGCUGCAGUGCCUGUGGACUCCUACCAGAUCGGCGUCAUUGCGGGCAUCAUCAUCCUGGUGUUGUUGGUGCUGUUCCUUCUCCUCCUUUUCAUUGUGUACAGGAAGAAGCAGAAGGGCAAGGAGACCACUAUGCCUGCUGUCACCUACACACCCACCAUCCGCGUCGCCGCCGACUACGCCGUCGCCGAUGCAGCGCACCCACAAACGAGUCAGACACCCAGACAUCCCAACAGACAUCCCAACAGCAACUACUUCUCUAACCCCAGUUACCACACUCUGACCCAGUGCUCUAGUCCCCCACAUGUCAACAACCUACCCUACGGAAAGGCUAAGAACAACCAGUUGUUUGUGAACCUGAAGAACGUGGACCAGAGGAAGAGGCUUCCCAUAGCGGACCACACUGGAACCCUGCCUGCCGACUGGAAACAGGGGGGCUGCUUUAACGAGCUGGGAGCUUACGGAGUGGACCGACGAUACAUGGGGAAAUCCCUGAGAGACCUGGUGAAGGGAACGCCCUAUCACGCCAGCUCCUGCUCCCUCAACAGCUCAGAGAAUCCCUACGCCACCAUCAAGGACCCACCCCUCCUGAUGCCCAAAGUAGAGUGCGGCUACGUUGAGAUGAAGUCACCCGCACGGCGAGACUCGCCCUAUGCUGAAAUCAACAACACCAGUCCCACAAAUAAGAACGUCUACGAAGUCGAACCCACUGUCAACGCCAUCCACUCACCUGGGAACAGCAACGGUCACGGCCCCUUUGGCCAGGACCCGUACGACCUACCAAAAAACAGCCACAUCCCCUGUCACUAUGAUCUCCUGCCCACGCGGGACAGCCCCCCGUCACCCCACAAGGAACUAGACAGCGAAUGAGCUACCAGAGAAUCCCGCCACUAGGAGUUGGACAAGCGAAUGUGCUUCCAGAGACUCAACAAGGACCCCACCCCCUCUACCCAUGGCUCAGCUAAUGAAUGCUCCUCAUUUGCUGGCAUACUGUAUGCUCAUUCGCUGCACCAUUGUUUUCUUGCAUUUGUUUUUUUAUUAUCACUAUAAUCAUUCUUAAUCACGUUUUUUUUCGGAGAGAGGAACUCUUAUGUUGCCUCAAGUGUCACAUUCACAAUUUUCUUUAUCAAUGUAGACAUGACUGUUAUUUGUGAAAAGUUUGGUAUUUUGAGGUGCUUGAGUAAUAUUGAUAUGCAGCUUUUGACAGAUUUUCCUAUAUGAAGUGUUCAGUAAAUCAUUUCAAUCACCGGGGACUCAUCACCUGCCUUUUAAAAUCUAUAGUAUACAAAACAAACCUCAAUUUAUUAUUGUAACGAUUAAAGUGAACUUUAACAGUAUUAGGAAUCCGCUAAUUAACCAGUUACCAGUAUUUUAGCCAUUUUUUUCUUAUUUUUCCCCCCCUUUGUUUUUUGUUAUUAGUACUGUACGAUAGAGCAUCGUUGUUUGUUUGUUAGACAAUGUAACUGUUAUUGUUGUUGACAAAUCUUAAUCUUUUUUUAGUCUGACAUCAAUACUAAAGUAACCAAAGGUUUAAGUGCCAUAGUAAGUCAUAGUAAAGCUUUUCUUUUAAGUUCCUUUUGCUCUUUUAGUGGUGGAUUAUGAGCAAAUAGUUGAAUUGUGGCAAGCAUUCAAUCGCACAGUUUGAGGUCUAUUACUAUAAGCAGUUAGAGUUUUGUGUCAGUUACUGUUGUGAGAACAAGUUUAAAUGUAUUGCCAUAAUACUUUCAUGACACUUCAUAAGAAUGACAUAAAGCCUGUUAUAACCUCCUGGAAGGUCAUACAACUGACUGCAGAACACCGUAACAUUCCAUGUCAGCAUUAUGUCAAUUCAAUUGUGAAAAAGAGUGGGGUUUUAUUCCUGGUUAUGAAGGCAUGUUGAAGGAGGACCACUAAAAUAUCUCCAGAUGAUUAAAUAUCUCCAAUAUUAGAUAAUUAGAUAGACUAUGAGUUCAUUGGCAAUUACCUGUGAAAUUGUGUUUAGACUUUUAAUCAAAUUUAGAACAGGAAAACUAUUAAUAUGAUGUACUCUGUUGUUAAAGUAUGUAAUAGUAAUUGAACUUUUAUGCAGUGCAAUUAAAAGGGCUCAGUAUCAUUAAAAAAAUAAAAUAAUAAAUAAAUAAUUUGUAGUAAUAAUGCAUAAGCUGGACUUUUGCAUCGCAAUGAAAUGAAAGACAACAUAAAAAACUAUAUAAUGAGACCAAUUCAAGAUUCACAUGAAGUACUGUAUAAGCCUACAUUUCCAGAAAAUACUGUAUAGGCCUAUAUUUCCAUAAAUACUGGAUUUGUUCAACAUUAGAUUUAGAAGUCUUUGUGUAUUCUGCAUGUCUUUUCACACAUUAUGAAUGGCCUAAAAGACAGCCACAAGUCUUAAACUAUUCUGAGCCAGAUAUGAAAUGUAUUUGUACAAAAAUGAUGUAUAUAGCUGUAAUCACUUGAAAACGAGAAGUGAUGUUUGGUGUUGAUGUAAAACAAAUAAAUCAACAACACACCAUG